GGUCCGGCGGAGGACGAAGGCGGCGGAGCUGGGCGCGGGCUGCUGGAGAGGAGCACGUGGCGCGGCUGCGCGGAGGUGCAGACGUGCAGUGAGGUGUGUGCGUGUGGAGCUGCUGCUGAGCUUCUGCUGCUGGUGCUAGUGGAGAAGGAAGUGCUGCUUGUAGCUGCGACAGAGAGAAGGGUGCGGCUGCUGUUGGGGGUUGGUAGAGGAAGAAGAGGAGGUGACAUUGCUGCUGCUCGCCAGAGGAGGAGGCUGGCUGAACUGCAGGUGGUGCUGCUGCUUGCAGGUGCUGGGUGCUGUUGGUGUAAGUUUUUUUUUCCGCUGCUGAUUGAAGAAGAAGAAGAGGGGAGGCAAUCAUGGGGGCUGAACUCACUGCUGCUCUAGAGAAACUUGCGCAGCUCAUGACUGCGAAGGCCGAGGGGUUACCUCCUGCAAGUGGCGCCAUCAUUGUGCCCCACGCAGAUCAGGUGUUCAAGCUUGAGCUCAUGCCAAAUGAUGUCAAGCUGAAUGGCGUGAGCAGCUACCUGAGCUGGUCGAGGCGCGCCUUGUUGAUCUUGAAGACAAAGGGUCUGACGGAGUAUGUUCUUGGAACGGUUGAAGAACCGGUUGACAAGGCGAGCCCAGAAUGGAAGAAGUGGAGUGUCACCGACUCUCUGAUUUUGGCCUGGAUGUUGAACUCCUUGAUUCCAGCCAUUGCCAUGUCUGUUGAGGCAUUGCCAACUGCUUCUGCUGUGUGGAGCAUGUUGUUCACAAGGUAUUCCGGUAAGGGAAACCUGAUGCUCAUGUCUCAAAUUGAAGACAAGAUUCAUGCUGUUCGUCAAGGUGACAGAAGCGUGCUGGUGUAUGUGAAUGAGCUGCAACACCUUUGGGCAGAUCUGGAUCAGUGUGAUCCCCUUGAGAUUCCACAUGCAGAGUCCAUGGAGCUUGCCAGGAAGUGGGUUGAGCGCAGGCGUGUGGUGCAGUUUCUAAAGGGCCUAGAUCAAGCUUUUGAGAGUAGACAUGCUGCGAUGCUACAUCAGCCGACACUUGUGACCCUUGAUGAGGCCAUUGCUGCGAUGUCCCAAGAAGAGGUACGCUUGCAGUCGAGAAGGGGAGUUGGAAAUGAAUCUGCUUAUAGGGUGGCUGACCAGUGAGGGGUGUGUCACAAUUGUGGUCAACCAGGGCAUAUCAACCGUUUCUGCAUUGGACCUAGGAACGUCAGAGGCCGAGGGUACAGUGAUGGCAGUAGCAGCCGAGGUGGUUGGAAUGUGAGUCGUGGUCGAAAUGGGAGUGGCGGUUCUUGGAAUGCUCCCCAUUGGAAUGCUCCUAAGGCAAAUGUAGCUGCUUCAGCUGCAGGGAAGCAGCCUGUAGGAGGACAGGAGACUGCUCCCAGCUAUGCCAACUUUGUUGAUACAAAUGAAGGAGAGAUUGACGGGCAGGAGUCUUGGGACUGGAACAAGGCGUAGGGGGCUGUGGUACAUGGACCGCAGCAUGCCGGGCCAGGAGGGAUUGCACAUGCUAGCUGCAAUUGCUGAGGAUAAGGAGAUUAGAGCACUGAUCCAUCACUGUAGGAUGGGACAUGUGUCUUUUGACAAAAUGUAUCAAGUAUUUCCCGAUGUAAUGAGUGGUGUGGAUAAGAGCAAGCUGAAAUGUGAUGCAUGUGAGUUUGCUAAACAUACCAGAAACUCGUAUGUGAGUAAGGGGAUCAGGAGCAUCUCUCCUUUUGUGUUGAUCCACUCUGAUGUAUGGACAUGUCCAGUGUUAUCUGUCAGUGGUAUGAA